AGACCUGAAAGUGGCACAUGGCAGAGGUGGCGAUGGAGACAGCAGCAAUGGGAGGCCGUACAGCACCCUAUGACAAAAUGGAACCCACCAGCAGUGUGAGGAGACCUGAAAGUGGCACAUGGCAGAGUGUGGCGAUGGAGACAGCAGCAAUGGGAGGCCGUACAGGGACCCAUGAGACACUCUGGACCUGGCAGCAGCAUGAGGAGGCGGUACGGGGGCCAUGGCAGAUUACGGGCCUGGCAGCAGCAAUGGGAGGCCUGUAAUCUGCAGCACCCUAUGACAAAAUGGAACCCACCAGCAGUGUGAGGAGACCUGAAAGUGGCACAU